AUGAGUCAUUCUCUUAAUAGAGAGGUCGAGGAGGAUCGGUACGGUUAUUUGCUAGUUGAAUCGGAGCCUGAUCCUUCAGAUUGGUGUAUUUAUAGAGUCCCUCAUAGUUUUCGUAGAGGAAAGGAAGAAGCCUACACUCCUCAAAUAGUUUCAAUAGGCCCUUUUCACUGUGAUAAAAAAGAAUUAAGAGACAUGGACAAGCUAAAACGGAGAUAUGUGAAUAAGUUUUUCGAACGAACUAGUAAAGAACAUGAGGACGUUUUAGCCUUCAUCGAAGCUCACGAGCUACAGAUACGAAAGUGUUAUUCAGAGACCUCUAACCUCAGGAGUCAUGAGUAUGUAAAGAUGAUUCUACGUGAUGCUGUUUUUAUCUUAGAGCUCCUUUUGAGGAAUUAUGAGGAAGUUGAAGACGACAAGUUGUUAAGGAUACCAGCUGAUAAACUUGCUUUAAAGGUGGACUUGCUGUUACUGGAAAAUCAACUUCCAUAUUUCAUACUUGAAAGAAUAUACAAGUCAAUUGUCGGUAGCCCUUCCUUCAUUGAUAUUUGUUUAAAAUUCUUCAGGUCUCUGUUUUUUCAUCGUGAAGUAUCUAACCGCCAAAAAAGUUUCAAGCAUUUCACGCAUAUGCUAAGAUAUACUCUGGUGCAACACUACCCUGCAAACGAGUUCCGUUCUGUAAACUAUGAAGAUGACGAUUUAUACCCGUUACCUUGUGCCACGAAGCUACAUGAAUCAGGAGUGAAAUUUACACCUGUUCGAUCACGGAAAUUACUUGAGGUAAAAUUUGGGGGAGGCGAGCUGAGAAUGCCACUAUUUUCAGUUCACCACCACACAGAAACUGUGCUUCGGAACAUAAUGGCUUUAGAGCAAUGUCACAAUCCACGUCAUACUAUCGUCUGUGAUUAUGUUAUACUGCUAGAUGCUCUUAUUGCAGACAAACGGGAUGCGCAGUUGCUUGUUGAUGCGGGAAUUAUUUCCAAUUCCAUGGGCGACAGUAAGGCAUUAGCCUCUUUGUUCAACAAACUUAGCGUGGAAAUUCUUUUAUAUGGAGAUUAUUACAAUUAUAUUUAUCAGGAUCUGAAGAAUUACUCUAAAAAUAAAUACAAUCGAAACAUGGCAAAAUUGCAGAGGUUGUAUUUCGGUGAUGUCUGGAAAGGUACAGCAACUAUUGGAGCUUCUGUACUCUUGAUACUCACUUUUCUACAAACCAUAAAUUCUUUCAAGCAAUCGUGA